GCAAGCUGCUUCUGGACAGAGAUGGCGUGACCGUCUUCAGACGCAGAUAGGUCACCUGAUGAGAGGGGCGCGUUGCCAAGAAAGAGAUAUCAACGACUGUUCGACUUUAGGAAGAGUUGGUAGCCAGUUUCAUGUAUAGGACGCUCAAUUUUAUUCCCUCCAUUCAUUCUGAGCUUCACAGAAUGAACCAUGACGAUCUCCUUGGCUGUUCCUUUUGCCAAGAAAAGUACGCUGUGAAGCGCCGUGAUCCCCGGCUACUGCGCUGCCUCCACGCUAUCUGUGAGCCCUGUCUGGAACAACUCGGAGACCUCCGCGACACCGCCUGCAAGACCUGUUCCGCUGAGCAGAUCGGCAGGGAGGGAGUUCCAGUGGAUUAUGUCCACCGCAAUGAGCUCAUCCUUUACAUUGCCAAGCACGCCCCUGAGAAGCUGCAAUGCACCAACAAGCUAGAUGGCAACAGAGGAAAAGUCUACUGCUUUGAAUGCAACCAUUUUCUUUGUGACCAAUGCGAGAGCUACCACUCCCAGUUGGAGUCAACCAAGAACCAUGUCUCCGUGAACCUAGCAGACCUCACCUCUCAUCCACUGGCAGAAUGGGAGACGAAACAGAAGUGUUCUUCUCACCCGGACUACCCCGUUGUAUUCUAUUGCCGCCAGGCAUCUUGCCGGAAGCUCAUCUGCCUGUACUGCUACACAAAGGAGCAUGCCGGGCAUGACACUCAGGACCUUGACGAUGCAUAUGACGAAGAGAAAGAGCGUCUGAAGAGCACCUCCAACCGCCUUGAUUCCAAGAUCACAUCUGUCAAAGUAGUGGAACCGACCACAAGGAAAGCCAUCGAGCAGAGGCAGAGGAUCCAGGAGGCCUUCGAGAAACUCCGAACGGCUGUCAGUGAUCGUCAACGACAUCAACAGCAAAUCCUGAACUACCACUACGGCGCGUUCCGUCAGACAUCUAACGAGAAUGUGAUGCUUCUGAGAGAGCAGAUUACACGGAUCAUGGAAUACUACUAUGAGGCCAUGUCCUUUUACCAUGAUCCACAGUAUGAGGUCUUGGAGGGUGUAACUCCACUGAAGACAGACACGGCUGAACCCAAGUCUCCAGAAUCUGACUUGGUGUUUGUGCAGGUAGGGCUGGCAAACCUUCUGCAAGAUAUCGGAACAUUUGGGAAGGUGAAUAAACUUCCUCAUGAAUCAAACUGUUAGGCUGGACAUGAAAUAACCUUACUUCCCAGUUUAAUUAAUCUUCUGCUGCUUGAUCAAUCAUAACUCUACUCUUGGUCAGAUGCACUUCUUUAGCCGGUUUGUGGAUAGGGACAUUCAUGAGCAUCAACAAUGUACGUUUUAGUUCUUAUGGUAAAGGGGAAUGUUCAUGUUGAUAAGAAUAUUGUAAUGUUACGGACCUGUUAGAGAUUGUAUACAUACAGUAAUAAAGUAGUUGUCUGUU